CGGAGAGAGGUGGCAUUUGAGUCCUCCGGUAUCCCAGCAGGCAGUGCAGCUUAGAGACGCUGACAAAGGACCGGAGGAGCAGUCGCAGCUGCUUUCCGAGGAGCCGGUGUUGCCGAGAAUGCCAAAAUGCUUUGGAGUUUUUAACUGACUUUUAAGGAAAGUCCAAAAUAGCGUUGAGACGGUAUAAACAAGCUGCAGCAAGGGGGAUUCAGUGCCAAUGCAUCAACAAAAAAGACAGUCAGAGUUAGUGGAAGGAAAUCUUCCUGUUUUUGUGUUUCCCACGGAGCUAAUAUUUUAUGCAGAUGACCAGUCAACACAUAAGCAAGUGUUGACUCUGUAUAAUCCCUAUGAGUUUGCCUUAAAGUUCAAAGUUUUGUGUACUACUCCAAAUAAGUAUGUUGUCGUAGAUGCUGCUGGUGCAGUAAAGCCUCAGUGUUGUAUGGAUAUUGUGAUUCGUCAUAAAGAUGUUCGAUCCUGUCACUAUGGUGUAAUAGACAAGUUCCGCCUCCAAGUUUCUGAGCAAAGCCAGAGGAAGUCAUUAGGAAGGAAAGAAGUUGUAGCUACUCUUCUACCAUCUGCAAAAGAACAACAAAAGGAAGAAGGGGAAAAACGAAUCAAGGAACAUUUAACCGAAAGUUUAUUUUUUGAGCAGUCAUUUCAACCAGAAAACAAAACUGUCUCCUCAGGACCUAGCUUACUUACUGUCUUCUUGGGAGUGGUAUGCAUUGCAGCUCUAAUGCUUCCUACGCUGGGGGAUGUGGAAUCGCUGGUGCCUCUCUACCUCCACUUAAGUGUGAAUCAAAAAUUAGUGGCUGCUUAUAUUCUAGGUCUUAUCACAAUGGCCAUACUUAGAACAUGAGCUAGGAAUUCAAUUGACUUCUGAAGUAAAUUUAUCCUGAAAAUAUGAAUGUGGACUGCCUUUUAUCUCUAUUCCACUCCAUUAACAUGCUACAAACUAUCGAGUGAUUUACAAUAAUUGUAAAUGCAUAAUAUAUAUUUUAAAUUGCUCUGUAAUUUUUGUUCAGAGGACUCCAAGCACGAUUUUGCAGAGGGCAAGGAUGCUUCUGAGUGAUGGAUGCCUAGGGAACUCUUUGAAGAUAUUCUUUUUCUAGCUAAACCUGUUGUGCAAAAUACUUAAAAAGAUUUAUUUUCUCUUCUUCUUUCCUAAUUCACUUGAAUCAUUAAGGUCAUAUGUUCUUUACAGAUAAAGGUCUAAAAGAACAAACUGACCAGCCUAAAAAUCAACUUACUUUCCUACUAUAAUCAAUGUUAUUAUGUAGAUUAUAUCAGCUCCUCAAUGGACGGUUGCCAUGGUAUUUCUAAAAUAGAUUGCCCAGUCCAUGUGUUUCACGUAAAAUGGUGAAGAGUCAAGUUUAUCCUAGAAUCUUACAGAAGAGAGGCCUUUCUCAAUUCAUCCCAUGAAUGACAAAAUGGAGCUGGACACCCAAGGCACAUAUCUUUGGUUUGGUUUUGUCUAACAAACUACUAGAAGUUGGGUGACCUAUUUGGUAUAAGACGUCAAAAGGAGGGGCCAGAGUGAUAGUAUAACCAGCAGGGUGUUUGCCUUGCAUACAGCCUACCCAGGUUCAAUCCCUUGUACCUGAGACCCUCAAGGAGUGGUCCCUGAGUGCAGAACCAGGAAUGAGUCUUGAUCACAGCUGGGUGUAGGCCCCAAAACCAAAAAGAACAAAAAAAUUCAAAAGGAAAUAAAGGAUUUGUUAUUUGCUUAUUUGCUUUACUCUGGUUUUACCUCUAGAUAGCAUCUUAUGCUAAUAGGAGGGGUAAAAAUCACUCAUUUUCCUAAGCCCCCUGCCUGACUGAGCGACUAGGCACAAAAGGAUUGCCAGGUGUCAGGUAGAAUAUGUGGAGCUGAUUGUUCACCUUUAAACUCUCAGCCAAGAAUAGAAAAUUCUUAAUAUCUGUGUCUAUUUUAUAUCAGUCACUGAAACAUUUUUUAAGUUUGUAUUAUUAAAACAAUUUUACCAAAAAAACCCAAAGCACAACUAUUUACAUUUCUUUAUAGCCUCUUCUGAUAUCUAACAUGUGUGUGUGUAUAUAUAUGUAUAUAUAUAAUGCAGUUUUAACUGUUAUUGUCAUAGUAACCAAUCUUUGACUUAAGAUUUUUAUCUGAGAGCACAAUGCAUUCAGAAACUCUUGCAAAUCAUCUUCCAGACCUUUUUACAGAAAGACCUUCUGCACUGCUACUGUAGUAGUCUCAAGGAAUAUACAAAAACAAAAUGUAUGCCUGAGAUAUUUUGGGUGGGGAAUGGUAUUUUGCUUCUAAACUCAAAGGCUUUUAUGUAUACCUUUUCUUAGAAAGUCCUCAUUGUUUAACCUUUUGGGGAGCAUAGAUCAUUAAAUGGAUCAUGUCUGUACAUUGUGUAAUAACUGAAAAGCAUAUAAAUGUAAUCUAUUUUGAACUUUGUAAAAAAAAAACAUGCUUGGAAGUGAUCCCUGUC